AUGGCGUUCGCUGCUUCGCUCCCGCUCUCUCACAGGGCUAGCGUCGACGGGCUUUGCCGCGCCCCUGGAACCGCGACGCCACUAACAAGCACGUUUCCUGCAUCUCGCAGCGCCAGCGGGAUGCUCACGCUACCCCCGUGCUCGGCGUUUCGCGGUGAAGCGAGCGCGAAGGGAGCGGCGGAAGAGCGAGAAAGGACCGCUGCGGGCACAGUUGCGACUCGGAGCGCGGGCGCGCCGGAGGCAGUUGGGAUGAGCCGGCGCGUUUUGCUGAUAGGAAGCGGCGUGGCGACAGCCGUUGGACCGUGGUUCUCAGGCGACGCGGCGCGCGCAGCUGACGUGGCUCCCCAAAGGUACUACAAAACUCCCUCCGGUGCCACAGUCGAAGAGGUAUACGAGGGACAGGGCGAGGCGGCCACAGCAGGAGAUGCAGUGACUGUGCACUAUGUGUGCCGUAGAUCGAAUGGCUAUUUCGUCGCCAGCACCAUUGACCCAGUGGGAGGGGAUGCGGACCCUAUAGACCUGCUGCUAGGGCAAGGCCAGGUGAUCCAAGGUCUAGAGGAGGCGGUGCAGGGAAUGAGAGCAGGAGGCAAGCGCAGGGUGCUCGUCCCCCCCGCACUGGGCUACAUCAGACCAGACAUGCAGCCGCAACCCAAGGAUUAUUUCCGUCAGCGUGCAUUGGCAGCACACGUGAAGGAGCCACUGAUAUUUGAAGUGCAGCUCGUCAAAGUGAAACCCGGGGCUGCUGCUACUGCUGUGUAA